AUGGGUCUCGGAGUGCUGGAGGACCGCAAGCUCGAUCAUGUUCCAGGAACCGCAACUGUCUUAGAUGAUGAAGCUCGCCAGCGCGAGGAGAACGUAGUCGUCGACCCAAACCUGAAGUACGACCGCAGCGGACCGCAUCCCAUCAUCCUCGUCCCUCAACCCAGCGACGAUCCGAACGACCCUCUCAACUGGCCACUAUGGAAGCGCGACGUUAUCCUCGUCGUCCUGUCCCUCCUCUCCGUGAUCGCCUCGACCCUCAGCCCCCUCCUCGCCGCAACAACACUGAACCUAUCUCUCCACUUCGAGCGCAGCUUCACCGACAUGGCGCUCCUGACUGGAUACCAUCUCCUCGGUGUCGGCAUCGCAGGCUUGCUGUUCGUACCACAAGCAAGGGUGUGGGGCAAGCGACAUCUCUACAUCCUGGGCACCGUCGUCCUGAUCUUCAGCAGUGCCUGGGGCGGCGCUACCGGCAAGAACUACAACAGCCUCCUCUGGGCGCGCAUUUUCCAGGGCGUAGGGCUGGCGCCGUUUGAGGCGCUGGUCAAUGCCAGUGUAGGAGACCUAUACUUCGUCCACGAGCGCGGCAAACGCAUGGCGUUAUCCAAUCUUGCGCUCUUUGGCGGCGCGUUCUGCACACCGGUGGUAGUGGGCAAGAUGGCGAGUACAUUGGGCUGGGAUUGGACGUUCUACUUCGUGGCUAUCUUCUCGGCGGUGUUCCUGCCGGCCGUCAUAUUCUUUGUGCCGGAGACAGCGUACAGGCGAGAGGCGAACUCCGAUACCGACAUCAGGGCGGCCACGACAGGAGCUCCUCGAUCGUUGCCCAGCACCAAUGGCUCACUUGAGAACGGCAAUGGCGAUAGCGAGAUCAAUCCGCUUAGGGACGGCGCUGUGGCAUCUCCGCCAGCAAAAGUCAGUUUCGCGCAGAGUCUCAUGCCGUUUAAUGGACGAAAGACGGAUGAGAACUUCUGGGAAUUGCUCUUUCGUCCCUUUCCGCUUUUCUUCCAUCCAGGCAUCCUCUGGGCCUGCCUGAUCCAGGGUACCCUCAUCGGCUGGACCGUAAUGAUCGGCAUCGUCCUCGCAGCCAUUAUGCUCGGUCCGCCCCUCUUCUUCGAUGAGGUAGAUACGGGCUACAUGUACGCCGGUGCUUUCAUCGGCGCCUUUCUCGGCUUCAUCCUCGCCGGCAUCAUGGCGGACUGGAUACCCAACCUCAUGACGCGACGCAACCGCGGCAUCUACGAGCCUGAGUUCCGCAUGGUGCUGGUUAUCCCGCAGCUAAUCUUGGGGUGUGCGGGUCUGUAUGGCUUUGGCAUCACGAGCGCGAAUACGGCGAAGUACGGCUGGUUUUGGCCGGACUUCUUCUUUUCGCUUGAGGUUAUGGGCAUGGUGCUUGGUGCUGUGGCUAGUGCUUUGUACAUUGUUGAUGCUCACCGCGACAUCGCCGUGGAAGCGUUUACGUGCCUCCUCGUCUUCAAGAACAUCUUCAGCUUUGGCCUGACGUGGAGCAGCUAUGACUGGCUUGUUGCAUACGGCAUCAAGCCGAUCUUCAACGCUGUCGCGAGCGUGCAGCUAGUAAUCUGUUUGCUAACAGUUCCAAUGUAUGUGUUUGGCAAACGCAAUCGGUCGUUCUGGGCGAGACACAAUAUCUUUUUCAGUAUAUCGGACAAGAUCGCUUGGCUGCCGAACAAGGUUUUUGGGCCGUUGACUGGACGACGGAGGGGCGGUACUGCGGCUGCUAGACGAUAA